AUGUGGGCGCUGCCGGUGUUGCGCACGCGCGGCUACCUCGCCGCGGUUGAGUUCCACGCUCACGCUGCGACGCUCAGCUCGCUUAGCCCGUGUGACCUUUACUUGGUGAACUUAGGAAGCGACGUUCGCUGUGAAACUUCCAUUAGACCCCCUUCGUCCCGCGCGACAGUGAUUCUUAGGACCUCCAGCGCAGCAGCACCAGCAUUAGAGCGAAAGAGAUGGCUGGUGGUCGCCGGCGCCGUAGCUAAAGGUAUUUGUAGAAUGCGUGAUCUGUAUCGGGCGGGUGAAGGCGGUGCGGGGUACGGGGCACGUUCGGAAGCGGUGGCAGCUCCCAUCGACUCCUGGGGUUAUUCUUCCUCAGGCCACUGCUGCUCGAGCUACGUACCAAGCAAGCCAGUUUUUUCUGUCCACCUCACGACACGCCACACACUCGUUAAGCCCGUGCCAACACGAGAAGUCGCCACUAAUAAAUUACUGUUUUUUACUGCAAUCGCAACAGUCACCGCCGCGCAGCCGAGUAAUUUGUACGUAAAAAUAAACAUUAAUCAACAAUAUCGCCGUUACCAUCGCCCGAUUACAGCGUUCAAGCCCCGCCCGUCGUAA